GAAGCGACUUUACUGAGGAAAGCAUGUCGUGUUCAAAUAUCGUGUGUUGGAAUGCUUUCAUUUUCUUACACACUGCUUCCGUUUAAAUGUGCUUUAGACUCUUCUUCAAACGUAUUGAAAAACGACAUUUAUUUUGGAACCGGAAAACCACGGAUUUUUCUUCCGGUAACUAACGUCCCUCGCACCCAUGGAUGUAUGCUAGGAACAAAAUGGACUGAAGGAGUGAAGUUGGGUAUGCGCUCAGUGCCUGUGGCCACAGCAUGUGUGUUAUACCACCGUUUCUUUGAACGUGUCAGCGUGUGUGCUUAUGAACCCUACCUGGUGGCCAUGAGCUGUAUGUACCUGGCCGGCAAAGUGGAGGAGCAACACAUCAGGACCCGUGACAUCAUCAACGUAAGCCACAGGUACUUCAACAGUGGCAGCGCUCCUCUAGAAUGUGACAAGGAGUUCUGGGACCUGAGGGAUAGUGUGGUGCAGUGUGAGCUCCUCAUCCUCCGACAGCUCAACUUUCACGUCUCCUUUGAACACCCUCACAAGUAUUUACUCCACUACCUGUUGUCUGUGAAGUCACUGGUGAACCGCCACGCUUGGUGUCGAACCCCUGUUGCCGAGACUUCCUGGGCAUUGCUUAGAGAUUGUUACCAUGGAGCCAUGUGCAUCUACCACACACCCCAACACAUCGCCAUAGCAAUGCUGUACCUGGCUAUAAACAGCUACGGAGUGGAGCUGCCUGUCGGGGAGAAAGAGUGGUGGCAGGUGCUGCACGAGGAUGUGAACAAAGCAGACAUUGACGCUGUGAUCUCAGACCUUCUUCAACUCUACGACAUGGAGGCCAAGUGUAUCUAAAGGACAAGCCCACAAGAAAUGUACAUAAGAGACAAAUGAGAGUUGUUGUGUCCCUGUGUGUGUGUGUGUGUGUGUCAGUGUGUCAGUGUGUCUCUGUAUGUGUUUACUUAAGUUUCUUCUGUCGCAGCAUGAAGAUGAGUGCCUGCGCGUGUGUUAUUCUGUGCACGUAAGUGUUGGGGUCCAGGUGCGUUUGUGUACAUGUACCCCUCUGUCUCUCUGUGUGUGUGUGUGUGUGUGUGUGUGUGUGUCUGUGUCUGUGUCUGUGUCUGUGUCUGAGAGAGAGAGAGAAGAACAUUUUGUAUUGCCCCAGUUAGUCUGUGAGCUGUGACAAAAACACACCUGCACUACUGAUUCCUGCCACCUUGGGGAGACAUUUCUUGCUUUCUGGUCUCUGAUCUUUCAGCCCUGCAGAAUACUAAUGUGCUCUGGAAUAUAUCAUCAGCACGGGUUUCUCAAAAACAUCUCAGCCCUCAGCACCAGUUAGCUCUUCACAUUCCACAUGUUUUAACUACAAAUACCACUGUAUGGAUUUGAUUAUCUAAAGUUUAUCAUCUAUUUGGUAUAAAUAAUUCACCAAUAAUUCCAACAAAUCAGUGAAAAUUAAUGUGAAUAGUGACAUCAAUUAGAUAUCUUUUAUUAAAUGGCAUUAUCGUUAUACCUUUGUGCAUUCGGAUAAAACUAGACAAAAAUAAACACGUAGUUGAGGUUAAGUUUUGAAUGUCUGAUUAGAAUUCAGAGCACUUUGCUGCAUAAAUCUACAUACUAACAAGGAAAACUGGAUUUUCUGUACGAGAUACCAAUACAUGUCCUUUUAAGAUACGUAUUGUAACUCAUCUUAUGUGUAAAAAGUAUAUUCAAAUGUGAAUGCAUUAAUUGGCUUAAGGACCUCUUCAUCAUAAGUGUCAUAUAUCAUGUUGAUUAUGGUGGGAUAUUUGGCAACUAAAGUGCCCAUUGGUUAUUACAUCUUUUAUUGUGUGUUUUUGCAGUACUGCCAUUUCCAGAGAUCUUUUAGUGUAAAGACAGCUUGUAUUUUUUGGCAGAGUACCAACCAGAUGAAAAAUAUGUGGGCAUUUGAUUUGCUGUAUGUUUUAGACUAAUCUUUCUGCUGUUAAAAGUACAUAGUUUGAAUUUGGACUGUGUAUUGUUCAAAAUGAACUUUGCAGACCCUGCCCUAUUCUGUUUCAAGAAUCCUUCUGGUGAUAAUUUAUAGGCCUAUGUUAUUACUGUCUGUAAAUCGCAUGAAGUGACCAAAACCAACAGUGACAUUACCAAAAACCCCAACCAUCGCCUGAGCCUCUGAGAGCAGUGCUCACCAAUAUCCUUUAAUAAUUCUUACCCUCUCACUCCUAAGAUUUAUCACAAAGUACGGUAUAAGACUUGCUUGGAGUAAUGAUAUAUUAUUGAAGAGAUAGUAAAUGCAGAAUGUGAAUUAUUAAUGCCAGGUUUGCAUUUUAACAAUAUAAGUGGUUAAUUAGAAAAUACAUUAAGUCACAUAAGACCAAUCCAAACAUCCCAGACCAGACAUAAACUGUAAGGAGGGUAGAGGAGGACUAUAUGAUUUUUCAAGAGAAUAUCCUGUGCAUUGUGUUUUCCGUAUUGAUGAUUAUGAUCUACCGCUGUGUCUUAAGUUAUAUUUACUUGGUAUAUAUUUCCUACUGGAUGUAAAUGAAAGCAAUGAGAUGAAAAGGAGGGUUUAUUUUUGUUAACCCACUAAAACCAUUAGCCAGUAGUCUUUCAAGUUGAUAUAAAAAAAAAAUUAACAUUCGCAUUAAAGGGAAAAUCCAAGGACUUUGAAAAGAUGUAGGGAUUUUUCAUGGACGUCCUGAAAAAUAAUCCCACAGAUGAUCCUUCAAUACAAGAACUUUCUUUGUACAUGUGGACAAACUCCAUACCAUUAUUAGAUUUUUAUUUAUAGAGUAUAUUUUGUUGCUUAUGCUGCUUUUUUGCUUAUGUAAUGUGAAGUAUAUGUACAUAUACAUUUAUGUAUAUGUUUUUUUCUCGAUCAAUUUUUAUGUCUGCCAUAGAUACUAAAUUGAAUAAA